AUGAUUUGUACAUCAUAUAAAAAUACACAGAGAAAAUCGGAUAUAGAAAGAACAAAGUGGUAUAAUACAUUACUCCUAUAUGCAUUAAAUAAUAAAGAAACAGAGGAGUCACUUAAAAGAGAUCCAGAUGUUAGACUAGUGCCAUUUACAGUGGAAAAAAUUGUUAUACCUAGAUUAACAUCUAUAGUAGAGAGAAUAUGGGAUCCAAUGUCUACAUCACAAACUUUGCGACUUGUAGGCACAGUAAAUCGUCUUAUUAGAGAAUAUCCAAAUUUAAAUGAGUCAAGCAAACCACUAGAAACAUUAUUUAAUGCUAUAUUGGACAAAAUUAAAUCAGCAGUUGAAAACGAUGUUUUUAUACCAAUUUUUCCAAAGCAAGUUUUGGAUACCAAGCAUCAAUUUUUUCAAAGACAAUUUGCAAUGGCUGUGAAGCUUUUAAGAAAUCUAUUAAGCUGGCAGGGUCUUCUUGGAGACACACAAUUAAAAAAUUUAGCUCUUGGUUCAUUAUUAAAUCGAUAUCUUUUGGCAGGUUUAAGAGUGUCUGUUCCAAAUGAUGCUUUAUUUAAAGCAAAUAUGGUAAUGAGUACACUUCCUCGUGCAUGGUUGCAAGGUGAAACAAUAGAGCAUCUGAGAAUGUUUGCUACGCUCAUUCAACAACUCAGUGAACAAUUAGAUCAAGCAAAUCCAGCACAUAACGAAGCCUGGGAAUAUUCGAAGUCCAUCCUGAAAAUAAUCAAACCUUUGUAAUGUAUUAAUUAUAUAUGCAUUUCUU